UUUUAGCUGUCACUACGCAGAUGGGACUAAAUAGGAGACCAGCUAUUCGUGACUACUGGUCACAGGCCGAGACAGAGCACUGCGCCUGGUACUCGCAAAUGUUUCCCCGCAAGCGGUUUGAGGCAAUUUACCAUACCAUGCUUCACUGCUCGGAGAACUCAUCUGCUGAGGGAAAAGACAAAAUUGAGCCCUUUGUGAACUCUGUUCUUGAGAGCUUCCGCAGGGCAUUCUACCCAGGAAAAUACCUUGCUCUGGACGAGAUGGUUGUCGGGUGGACUGGACGAUGGAAGUACAAGCAGUACAACCCGUCGAAACCACAUAAAUACCAUGUGAAGGUAUUUGGACUGGUUGACAGCGAGACGGGAUACGUUGUCAACCUGCUCAUUUAUUUUGGGCGGGAGACAUCAUACCGUGUGGACUUAGACCAUUCUAAUCCGCAGGCGGUAAAAGUGUUCGAGACCCUACUGGAUCCCUUAGGUCCAGGCCACCACGUUUACAGUGAUAGGUUCUACACGUCCCUGGAUCUGAUCCGGCACCUGUCAAACAACCGGACCAAUUUCACCGGCACCUUGAACCUGAAUCGUCGCGGCUUUCCGACAGACCUCAAGACCCUUCGUCUCCAACACACGGAGAGGUCUUGGUACUAUGCACCAGAAGAUGAAGUCCUCUGUGUGGCAUGGAAGGACAAGAAGGCGAAAAAACCUGUGGUGGUGGUGUCAACCAUGUGCGACACGACAGUGGAGGAGCGCCCGACCAGCCGCGGUCGCAACGCCUCCAAGCCAGCGCCCGUUCACAGCUACAACGCCAGGAUGAAUGGCUGUGAUAAAGUAGACCAAAAUGUUGGGUACUACAACCUGCACACCAGGAAAAGUCUAAAGUGGUGGAAGAAAAUCUUCCACUGGCUCAUGGAGCUGGUGCAAGUAAAUGCGCUUGUCCUAUACAACCAAACGCACGCGAAGAAGUCAACGCUGGCUGCCUUCAAGAGGGUGCUCGUCAAGGAAUUGGUAGCACUGGCAGCCGCCCACAUGCCACAGGGGGAAGUCGACAAAGCUCCAUCUAAUAUGCCUCCCACCAACAGCCUCAUCGACCGCUACACGGGAACAAAGCACCUCAUCGCCUACUCCCAAAAGGAUCGCAACUGCGAGGUGUGCAGCAAGCCCAAAGAAGGUCGAAAGAGGACCAACUUCUUUUGCAAAGGCUGUGCACAUCACCCUCAUCUGCAUCCUAAGGGCUGCUUCGAGCUGUACCACACACCUGAGUCGCAGAGGCGGGUGUGAGGUGUACAGUUUCAUCGUCCUUGGAGCGUGUUCGUGUAAAUAGUGUAAAUAGUCAAUAUUGUGGAAUUCAGGUGCCUCCAUUUGUGGUUCCAGUAAUUUUUUUCUAUUGUGCUUGGUUCAAGCAAGGUGUUUCUAAGUGAUUCAUAAUUGGAUUACCUUUGAGAUGUCAAGAGUUGGAGACUCAAAUUGGAGUUUGCUGUCUGUCACAUAUGAGGUAAGAUGAAUUUUGUGCGUAAAAUUUAUUUUGUUCUUUUCACUAAAUCACACUUCCAGUUGCUUUAUCAGUUUUCAGUUUGAAAACAAAUUUAUGAAAAUCUAACAGUUGUAUUCUGUAUUCAUUUGUGAGCAUUUUGAUGUAUAACAUGUUAUGGUUUUUACUAACAUUGAUCAAUUUUACAAGUGAUUACUGACAUCACCCUUCCAUAAUCAGGUAGUGUGAAAUGGGGGCGUGGUCCAAACAGGAAAACAGGUGGGGAGUGAAUCAGUUAAAUCUGAUGGUGGCAUCCAGUACAAUUUCAAGUCUAAUUUAAAAAAUUCAUUGUUCUUGCUUAUUUCAUACCGUACCUUCUUUCAAGAUUAGCACAUCCAUUACAUUGCACAAUAUCAGACAAAAUAGACAUUUUUGAAAAUUAAAUCUUUAACACUAUCAGGUAACAAAUUCCUACUAAACACUCCAAUAUGCUGGGAGUCUAAUUUUUUCAAGGUUUAUCUUGAAUCAAACCUACUCAAGUACAAAGAUCAUUUAGCAUCAGACCCUGAAAUUCAAAGCAAGAGAUAAAAGAUUAACAAACAAGCUCCCUCU